ACAUUAGUAACGUCUUGGAGUAGGGAAGUUCAUUUGGACUUCUGUUGUCAUCGGUGUCAUAAGUACAUGACCUUAAUUAAUUGGGUUAAAAUUUAAUCAAGCAGGAUGAGCGCGCAGCACAUGCUGAAAGUAUUCGUCACGAGACGCAUCCCGCAGGAGGGCAUGAAAAUACUCCAAAUAGCCGGCAUGUGUAAUUUGUCAGUAUGGGACUCUGAUGAGCCUGUUCCCCAGGCAGAGCUCCUGAAGGGAGUCACAGGUGCUCAUGGUCUUCUCUGUUUACUCUCAGACCGCAUUGAUGCUGAGGUCCUGGAUGCGGCUGGACCCAACUUGAAAGUGAUCAGCACUCUUUCUGUGGGAUUUGACCACCUUGCCAUAGAUGAGAUUAAGAAAAGAGGAAUAAGAGUAGGCUACACCCCUGAUGUUUUGACAGAUGCUACUGCUGAGCUGACAGUGUCUCUACUCUUGGCCACUGCUCGACGUCUUCCUGAGGGAGUAGAGGAAGUCAAAAAUGGUGGCUGGAGUACAUGGAAACCCCUGUGGCUAUGUGGUUAUGGUCUGUCAGGCAGCACUGUUGGGGUGAUUGGAUUGGGCCGCAUAGGUCUGGCCAUUGCAAGGAGACUGAAGCCCUUUGGAGUGAAGAGACUGCUGUUCACAGGCAGACAGCCCAAACCUCAGGCCCAAGAGGUUGACGGGGAAUAUGUGCCAUUAGAAACUCUAGUGAGUGAGAGCGAUUUUGUGGUGGUGUCCUGUUCUUUGACUCCUGACACUCUGGGCCUGUGCGACAAAGCCUUCUUUAGCAAAAUGAAGAAAACUUCAGUCUUUAUCAACACCAGCAGAGGGGCAGUUGUGAAUCAAGAGGACUUGUUUGAGGCCCUCAGCAGUGGUCAGAUUGCAGCAGCAGGGCUUGAUGUCACAACCCCUGAACCUCUGCCCACCAACCACCCACUGCUGACCCUUAAAAACUGUGUGAUUCUCCCUCAUAUUGGUAGUGCCACCUACUUCACACGUGGUGUCAUGGCUGAACUUUCUGCAAACAACCUACUGGCUGGCCUGACAACCUCUGAAAUGCCCAGUGAGCUGAAGCUGUAGUGACCAGACUUAUGCCUUAUGUAACAUUUUACGCCACUUUAGACACAAUGUUAAUGGAAGAGAAAAGGCAGUACUGUAGAAUCUAACCAAUAAAUGCAA